AAAGAAUUAGCCUUAUACUAAAAAUACACUGCCCUAUACCUAUUGGAACAGUUCACAGUGGGGUGGCCGCGUUGGUUGGUGCGGUCUCAUGGCGGGCUCUGAAUGGUUGCAGAGAUAAAGACCGCUCAGCCUCGUUAUUUUUCUCCUUCCUUUGACGAUUUUUCUCCUUCAUUCCUCACUGCUUCGGAUUUUGUGAGAGAGAAGAGGUUCAAGAGAAGAAAAGAACAAGAGCAGAAAAAAACAAAAAUGAAACUGUCAAUACUUCUCGCCCUACAGACUCUCUGUCUGCUGGCAUGCGCCGACCAGCCGGCGCAAACUCCCGCCCAGGCUCUCCCUGCGCGCACUGUCAGCAUCCCAGACCCAACACCACCACCCAGCAGCGCCCCAACAUGGACGACGCUCGUCAAGCAGAAGCGAGCGGAUUCUACGGAGGACUCUGACGACUCCACGGACGACUCCGACACGGCGACGGACGCAACGGAGACGGCUGACGCUGCGACGACCGCUGAAACGAGCGCUGAAACCACUGCGGAAACCACUGCGGAAAGUACCUCUGAGACUAGUUCAGAGACCUCUUCAGAAACCACUUCGUCAGAGACCAGCACGACCUCGUCGGAGACAACCAGUUCCACCAGUUCUUCCAGCAGCAGCUCCAGCACAUCCAGCACAUCAACAACAUCCACCAGCAGCACCACGACCAGCACCUCCAGCGCAACCAGCACGGUUUCGCCCGAAGUUGCCGAACGCAACCGCGUCGGCAACAUCGCCGCAAUCGCAGCCUUCAGUUCGCUUGGUGGAAUAAUCGCGAUCGUCUUUAUUGCGCUCGCUAUUCGUAAGCGCAUCAUGCGCCGUCGCAAGGAAGAGCAAAAGGCAUUGUUGCAGGCUGGCUCAUCGGCAUACUCGAUGGUUCCGGUGUCAGAUGAGGCGGCGGCAUCGAACGGGGAGGUCAAGUUUGAUCGGAUGUCGAUGAUGUUCGCUGCGAAUGACCCAAAGCCACAGGACGCGGCUGGGGCUGGGGCUGGGGCAGGAGGGGUUCAGGUCAAUGCGACGCCGUUGUUGACGCCACAGCAGGCGGCGCCGCAGGGGUACCCGCAGGCAUACCCCCAGUACCCACAGGGAUAUCCUCACCAGAUAUAGUGUCGAAAAGAAAAUGACGGGGAGAGUGUAAAGAGCAUAUGUGAUGUUUAUGGUUUAUAUGAUAGCAUUUUGUUUAUACACAUGGUCACGACAUAAUAUGACAGAUCUCAUACAUCAUACCGACAUUCAGUAUGUCAUAGUACUCCAUACGCGGUCAAUGAGUUGUCUCUCC